AUGGAGGACAUCAUUAAGGGAGGGCCAUGGUUGUUCCAAGGACAGUCUACCGUCCUCCAGCGUUGGGAACUGGGAAUAGCACUCAGGAAACAUAAACAUACUCAAGUGCCAGUGUGGAUUCAAUUGAGGCAUCUACCUGCGGAAUUCUGGAUGCCAGAUGGAUUUAGUGUUGUAGCCGGUGGAGUGGGGAAGCUGUUAUACCCUGAUGCUAUCAUGAAAGCAUGCACGAGACUAGAUUUCACUCGUUUAUGUGUGAUGCUUGAUGUUACUUCUAAACUACCGAAGCAAAUGGUGAUUUUAAUGCCUACUGAAGAUGGGGGCAAAGUGCCUUGUAGGGUGGACGUUAAAUGUGAAUGGCUACCUCUGAAAUAUUGCACAUGA